AUUUACUUACAUAUUUAUAUUCCACCCUUCUUUCUCACCCUGAAAGGGACUCAGGGCAGAUCGCAAUACACAUAGACAUGGCAAACAUUCAAUGCCAUAUGAUAUACGACAUAUAGACAGACACAAAGGCAAUUUAACAUUUUCCAGCUUCCGGUUUCAUGAGGGUAUGCUCGAUUCCAGCCACAAGGGGGAGCUGCCACUUGUGACACUGAUUCCUUGAUGGAGUACUUCCUCAUUCCUUUUCACAUGCUGCUGGACGUUUUUAUGGUGUUGUAAAUUAGUUAAAUUGCCCUCCCCACAUAAAGCAGUUCCUAAAUUUCCUACUUGACAGAUAAAACUAUCUUUAGGGUUGCUUAGGUCAACAGCGAGCUAGGUUAUUAAUGUUCGGGAGAUCAAUCCAACCCGGGCUUCGAUCUCAUGACCUCUCUCAGUCAGUGGUGAUUUAUUGCAGCUGGCUUCUAACCAGCUGUGCCACAGUCCACACAAUGUAAUGCACAAUAGGACUGUGCAGAAGUCGUAUUAUUUUUGUAAGAUCUGUACAUAUGAGACAAUAUUAAGAAACACAAUUUUUUCCAGCAUUUCACAGAUGGGACUUCUACAUUUUGGGGAAUCUUAUCGGGAUGUCAUGAUAAUCGAAUACUUCCUGCAUUUGGAAGAGCUGCAGAAGGAGAGCUUGACGGAGGUGGGGCUGAAGCAUCAUCUUAUCAGUCAUGGAAAUGACUUCUGCAGAUGGAGGCGGCAUUGUUUCCCAAAUAACGCAGAAGGAGGAAAAAUCGGGUGGGGUUUUGAUGAUGCACUGCAAUUGGCAAGGAAAGAGUGUGCUCACUUUGCCGAUAAUGGAGCAAAGCUGCAAACCGGUUCCUCCUCAUCUGCGAAGGAAACGUUUCUGCUCCUGGUUUGAAAGUGUUAUUCCGAUUGGAGGAGGAAUAUGACUGGGAACCCUGCCUAUGGCGGAUUGUGGAUGGACAAUUGUGGUGGUGCCUUCACCAUGGGCGGAUUGUGGAUGGAUGAUUGUGAUGGUGCCUUCACCAUGGGCAUGAUAGUUGUGGUGGAUUGUGGAUAGACUUGUGGUGUCUUCACCAUGGGCAUGAUUGGCAUGAUGGAUUGUGGAUGGACUAUUGUGGUGGUUCCUUCACUGUGGGCAUGAUUGGUAUGGUGGAUUGUGGAUAGACUAUUGUGUCUUCACCAUGGGCAUGAUUGGCAUGGCGGAUUGUGGAUGGAUGGAUGAUUGUGGUGGUGCCUUCACCAUGGGCUGCAGAAACAAGCAAACAAAGCCCACAAUGGAUUUGCUUCCUAGAGUUUUCCUAAGGAGAAAAUAAUCGGGGAAGGAUGAGAGGAUUUGUGACGUAUCUACCUCGUUGGGGCAAGAAACACUUUGGGUCAGUGAAGUGAUGCACCUCACGAUGCGGCUUCUGGAGAUGGAUGUCCUCGUGAUUCGGAUCGAAUCGCUUUGUCACAUGCUUUGGGGGGGAGAAAGUCCUUUUAUCAAUGUCUUCCGUGGGUGGGAAGGGCGUCUUCCUAACGGAUAUCUUUCAUCUCGCUUUCUUUUCCCAACCUGGGAAAGUGUCCCGAGAUAUUGCUCCAGCCACAGCCGCCUUGCAAGUCGGAACAGCUGCCUUCCUCCAGCUGCCGUCCUCGGCUUCGCGGCUGCAGGGAUGGAAGGGCUCUCGGCACUGUGGCUGCUCCUCUACCUGAGCGUUUCUGUCCUCUGUUUCUACUUCGGGAGGGCGGUUCAUUACCUUAGGACCAGGACUCACAUCCCGGCGGAAAUCAACCCAUCAAGGAAACUCCUCGUUUUGACGGUCGGCAUGCAUUUCGCACGUCGAUUGGCGGUGUUUCUGGAAAAGGUGGGCCUCUGUCACCGUUACGAAGCCUGGAGACUCUUCUUCAAAGGCAUCGCUCCGAGGAAGAGUUCGGCGCUGAUCACGAAAGACCUGGAUUUCGACGGGGUGAACGUGAGGGUCUACUGGCCCCGGACGCUGCCUGCUGGGAAUGCGAGAGGAAUGGUGGUCGUUCCCGGAGGGUUUGGGCUGUGCGGAAGUAUCCAGGCAUACGAGAGGAUGAGCCGUUAUAUCGCCCGGGAAAGUAACACCGUGGUUGUGAACGUUGGUUUCCGCCUCGCCCCGGAGCAUCCGUGCCCGGCCCAAAUCCAGGACUGUUGCGUCGCGACCGAACACUUUUUGAAGAACGCGGCGGACUACGGCGUGGACCCGGCCCGUAUCAGCAUCGGGGGGGAGAGCAGCGGGGCCUCGUUUUCGGCGGCCGUGUGCCAGGUCCUGGCGGGAAAGCGGCUCCUCCCAAAACUCCGGGCUCAGAUCCUCUUGUACCCGUAUCUCCAAGCCGUCGAUUUCAACUUGCCGUCGUAUCAGCAGAACGGCUCCGUUCCGCCCUUGUUUCGGAAAUUCACCCUCACGCAUGGCACCAUGUAUCUCACCGGGAAAGCCAUCGACGUGGAAGGAAUUAUCAGUGGAAACCACAUCCCGGAGGAUCUGCGGGCGAAGUACAGCAAGUGGGUGAGCGCGGACCACGUCCCGGACGAGUUCAAGGCCCGGGGCUACCGGCCGGUGGAGCCCGCUCCGUUUUCCAACGAGCAGUACGAGUCGCUGAAGAAAGGCUUGGACAGUCUCUUUUCGCCGCUCCUGGCCGAAGACAACGUCAUCCGCCAGCUCCCGGAGACGCUCCUCGUAACCUCGGAGUACGACAUCCUCCGGGACGACGGGAUUCUGUACCGGAAGCGCCUGCUCGACAACGGCGUGCCGGUCACGUGGCACCACAUCGAGGACGGCGUCCACGGAAUGACGUCCACCAUCGACUUUGGGUUGCUCGAGUUCCCCAACGCGCGGCGUAGUUUGCAACACGUGGUGCUCUUCUUGGAAGGGUUGUAACGUUCAAUAGGCCGACGGUGAGGAAGUCCGGGAAGUCCUGACGGUCCCUCCGUCGGCGUAAAAGGAACGUAGUCGGAGACGUAGUAUUCGGUUAGAUCCAAACAUUAUAACAUGAAAUAGAAAUACCAAGACUGUCAUUCUGGGGAAGUUCAAUGCCAAAUCCUAUCACUCCUGUGUCAUCUUUCUUUCCCUCAUGACGUCCCAGAGGGCCACUUCACCUAGCAAUAGCCAGCCCCUCACCUACUUCACAACGUCUCCUUAGCAACACAGCUCUUUGUGGCUCUUUGCUUCUCUCAUAUCAUACAAGUGUCACUUUUCUUCCCAGGUGAUGUUGUGAAGGGCCACUUCACCUAGCAAUGACCAACCCAGUGACACUGUAAAGGACCACUUCACCUACUUCACAACGUCUCCUUGGCAAUGCGGCUCUCUUUGUGGCACUUUGCUUCUCUCAUAUCAUACAAGUCUCACAUUUCUUCCCAGGUGAUGUUGGUGAAGGGCCACUUCACCUAGCAAUGACCAACUCAGUGACACUGUAAAGGGCCACUUCACCUACUUCACAACGUCUCCUUAGCAACGCGGCUCUCUUUGUGGCUCUUUGCUUCUCUCAUAUCGUACAAGUGUCACUUUUCUUCCCAGGUGAUGUUGGUGAAGGGCCACUUCACCUAGCAAUGACCAACCCAGUGACAGCGCGAAGGGCCACUUCACCUAGCUACGGCCCUUGACGUACAGGCAGGCAGAUUUAUUUCCAUCCCACCUUGAAAUCUUUUGAGUGAGAAGCAAAGCCGCUCGAUAGAUACGGCUCAGCAAGGUGACUGCUUGUGCUCAGCUAAGUUUGCGCAAGUGUGUUGUUGUUAUAGAAACCCUUUGAAGCACGACAACAUGCCUUAAGAAAGAAGAAGAAGAAGAAGAAGAAGAAGAAGAAGAAGAAGAAGAAGAAGAGAGGCCUUUGCUCGUCUCCGUUGCCUGAAACUCAGAAGGGAUUGCGAGCGGGAUCUCUGGAAUGCGCAGCUGUGGGGUGAAUAAUAAAUGAGUCAGGCGUCCAACGACGCUCAGUUACAUCAGUUAUUGCGCAUGUACGGAGUGCCAGUCGUCAAGCUCUGCUCAGCGAAUCUGGCGUCAGUUAUUUUGCGUGUACAGAGCGCCAGAGCAUCCUUACCGCUCAAUACUACGCUAUCAUGGGCGUUGUAGUUUACACUAAUGAGUACGAACUACAACUCUCAUGAUUGCAUUGCAUUGAGCAAGUGGGGUCGACCUAAACAGCCUUAUCCGUUCAUCUGGCAUCAUAUUCCCAUGACGAAUCCUUGCGUACAAGUUAUCUUCACGACCUGAGCCUCAUGCAAAUUUACAAUGCGUUUUUCCUUGAUCCACCUUGUAUGUGGCAACCGGGGUUCCUCGCCCGUUUUAGUCACAACAUUUUUAACUCGAUGGGAGUUUGCGCCUUUCAGCUGUUGCAGCGCAAUCCAAACUAGAGGCGUACUUUGAAAGUAUUUGUAUGUGGUCUUAGUAGCUAACAGGGCUGUGUUAAAGUCAUAUAUGCUUUGGAUGUCAUUAGUAUUUAAUUAGAUUUGUACAUUGGAAUCAUUUGCAUGUGGCCUUAGUAGUUAGUAGGGCUAUGCUAAAGUCGUAUGUGCUUCGGAUGUCGUUAGUAUUUUCAAAUCAUUUGCACGUGGUCUUAGUAGCUAGUAGGGCCGUUCAGAAAGUCGUAUGUACUUCUGAUGUCAUUAGUAUUUCGUUAGAUUUGUACGUACGAAUCAUUUGCAUGUCGUCUUAGUCGCUAGUAGGGCUGUGCUAAAGUUGUAUGUGCUUCGGAUGUCGUUAGUAGUUUCAAAUCAUUUGCAUGUGGUCUUAGUAGCUAGUAGGGCUGUGCAGAAAGUCAUGUGUGCUUCGUAUGUUGUUUGUAUUUUGUUAGAUUCGUACAUAUAAAUCAUUUGCAUGUGGUCUUAGUAGCUAGUAGGGCUGUGCAGAAAGUCGUACGUGCUUCGGAUAUCAUCUGUAUUUCGUUGGAUUCAUACGAAUGAAUCAUUUUUACGUGGUCUUAGUAACUAUGUGCUUCGGAUGUUGUUAAUAUUUUGGUAGAUUUGUACAUGCGAAUCAUUUGCAUGUGGUCUUAGUAGCUAGUAGGGCUGUGCAGAAAGUUAUAUGUGCUUCAGAUGUUAUUAGUAUUUCGUUAGAUUCGUACAUACAAACCAUUUGCGUGUGGUCUUAGUAGCUAGUAGGGCUGUGCAGAAAGUUGUAUGUGCUUCGGAUAUCAUUAUUAUUUCGUUAGAUUCGUAUGUACGAAUCAUUUGCAUGUGGUCUUAGUAGCUAGUAGGGCUGUGCAGAAGGUCAUGUGUGCUUCGGAUGUCAUUAGUAUUUCAUUAGAUUCGUUCAAACAAAUCAUUUGCAUGUGGUCUUAGUAGCUAGUAGGGCUGUGGAGAAAGUUGUAUGUGCUUCGGAUGUCGUUAGUAUUUUUUUAGAUUCAUACAUACGAAUCAUUUGCAUGUGGUCUUAGUAGUUAGUAGGGCUGUGGAGAAAGUUGUAUGUGCUUCGGAUGUCGUUAGUAUUUUGUUAGAUUCAUACAUAUGAAUCAUUUUUACGUGGUCUUAGUAACUAUGUGCUUCGGAUGUUGUUAAUAUUUUGGUAGAUUCGUACAUGCGAAUCAUUUGCAUGUCGUCUUAGUAGCUAGUAGGGCUGUGCAGAAAGUUGUAUGUGCUUCGGAUGUCAUUAGUAUUUCAUUAGAUUCGUACAAACAAAUCAUUUGUAUGUGGUCUUAGUAGCUAGUAGGGCUGUGGAGAAAGUCAUGUGUGCUUCACAUGUUGUUAGUAUUUCGUUAGAUUCGUACAUACAAAUCAUUUCCAUGUCGUCUUAGUAGCUAGUAGGGUUGUGCAAAAAGUCAUAUGUGCUUUGUAUGUCAUUAGUAUUUCAUUAGAUUCGUACAAAC